UCAGCGUGAAUACAAUUGGAUGACAACAGUCGUGCGAUCCAGUAGGAAAGAAGUUCUGUUGGCGAGAAGACGCCACAAAUAGCGUACAGCGGUGUUUUAUAUUGAAAAACUUAAAUUCAAAAAUAUUUCGAACAGUUUUUGAAAUUACAAAUAGUGAAAUGGCGAGAGUAUUGUUUAUAUUGUGUGUGGCUUUGCUUUGCAAUUUCGUCUUGACACAAGAUUUCGAACCAGAACCAUUGGAGCCGGAGAUAUACCAAACGACUACAUUAAAAACUACCACUGAGCUGCUGUCACCCAUCACAACAACAACUAGUGUGCCCAGCACAGAGGCACCAACAAUUGCAACAACAACAACAAAAGAAACACCCAUCGAUACUACGCCGCCCACUGAAACAACGGAAGAGGAUCUUCCAACCACUACGAUUACUUUAAUAGAGGAGACCAUAACGCCAACAACAACAGCAGCAACUACGACGCCGAAAGAGGAGCCUUCACCAACACCAACACCAACGUCAGAAGUAACGAUUUUUGACUACCCAACAACAACGACUAGAACGACCACCAGUACAACUACAACAACUCCCAGACCAUUGCCAUUUAUUCCCUCUACAACAAACACUCUAACACCACAGAUCCCCACCAGACAACCCGGUUAUCCUGUUUAUCGCCCAGUGAAACCAUGGAUUCCAUAUACGCCACCCACUCAACCGCAGAAACCGACUUAUCAGCAGAAUCGCUGCUAUUAUCGCACGCAACCGCAUUGGCAAUGGAAGUGUGGCUAUUGGCAAUAUGUAACGCAUGAACAUUGCUAUCGCUGCUGCUUUUACGCCGGUUGCACUGAAGUCAACCGCUAUUACUGCCAGCAAACGCAACAACAAAAGUUCAAUAAAAACACGAAUACAUACAGCAAUUAUUGGUUGUACUAUUGAUGAGUGGAGCUGCAUGGACCACAUACAAAAUAUUUAUGCGCCUGCAAUUGUGGUGGUGAGACUGUAGUGAUGCACAGUGGAAAUUGUGUGCGAAUUGUAAGCACGUGGCACCUAUUUAAGUAUCGGGCAUGUUUGUAGCUUUUGUGUAUAUACAUUUUUUUUAAAUUAUUUUAUAUGGGUUUUUACAAUUUUAUAUGCAAUAUUGUGCAAUAUUUUUGUUAUUUUUCAUUAUUUAAUAUUAUGCAUGCCUGUAUUUGCUCGUCAGUAUAUCAGUUGUUGUAUAUACAUAAAUAAAAUUGUAUAUGAAUUAUAGCUGAAAAUAAAACUUUAAUAAAUAUUGAA